GCAAGUUGGCAGGAGAGCAGUAGCGAACCGGUAGAGUAGCAAACAGGAAGGAUGGCAAGCUGCUGGAGGUGGUUCUUGGUCGCAUUAACGAUCGGUCCACAACUGAUCACCUGCGCCGAGGAAGCGUGUCGUUCUUACGGCGGCGGCCAAGUUUACCCGCAAGAGAACACGAAAUCUUCGGCGCAUAACCUCCACUGGAGCAAAACCCAAAUUUCUAAGCCGGCUCCUUACUUCUCCGGAACCGCCGUGGUUAAUGGAGAGUUCAAAGAGCUCAAACUCUCGGACUACAAGGGAAAGUACCUGGUGUUUUUCUUCUAUCCGCUGGACUUCACGUUUGUUUGUCCUACGGAGAUCAUUGCAUUCAGUGAUCGCGUCCAGGAAUUCAAGGCGCUGAACGCGGAAGUAGUGGCGUGUUCUGUUGACUCGCCCUUCACCCAUCUUGCAUGGAUCAACACACCAAGGAAACAAGGUGGCCUCGGACCUAUCAAGAUCCCACUGCUCUCUGAUCUCACUCACCAGAUCUCAAAGGACUACGGUGUCUACCUAGAGGACCUCGGGCACACAUUGAGGGGUCUGUUCAUCAUUGAUGACAAGGGCAACCUUCGCCAGAUCACCAUGAACGACAUGCCAGUGGGUCGAUCUGUGGACGAGACACUACGAUUGGUGCAGGCUUUCCAGUACACCGACAAGCACGGAGAAGUCUGUCCUGCAGGGUGGAAGCCUGGCGGAGAUACGAUCAUCCCUACUCCAUCGGAGAAACUGAAGUACUUCAGCAAGGUCGUUGAUCCGGAGUAACUUCCUUUCAAGACAAGCACCGGCUACUUUUUUCACAAUAUGUCCAUCAUUAUAUAAGAAAAUGACAGAUGACUGCACCUGCAUAGCACCAAAACUCAAUUUUUCCGUGACAAUUUUUUUGUCCUACAACAUUAUUCUGCUGGUCAACAUACAUAGAUACCUAGUCUGUUUUCUGUCACACUUCAUAUUUUUUCCAUCAAGAGAGUUUUUCAAUAAAAAGUACCUUGUGCCA